GAGAGGGUAGAAGUGACGAUGGGACUUUUAGUUUUAAAUCUAGUUAACUUUAUCGGCUUUUCAUUAUCAAUACAUUUCAAGUAGAGCGAGGCAACGCGUCAUCUGAUGCAUUUAUGUUUUGGUUUUAAUCGCUUCUCGACCAGGAUGUUAUUUUUGCUGAAAAGCCGGUAAGCUCGUAAAGUGAGUUUUCUGAUGAGACAUCCAGCUACCUCCAUAUCAGCAUCACACAAAGGGAGCCACUGGGAGCAAAUCGUUUGACCAAGCAGUCGUUUUUUUUGAAUGUCACAAAGAAACACGAGGGCAAUCUAUUUAACGAAAUGGAUCAUUUUGCUGCAGAGUGCCUUGUGUCAAUGUCCAGCCGUGCCAUUGUCCACGAUCCUAAAGGGAACAGAGAGAUCCGAGCAGAAACUGCGUCUGGCCCGAGGAACGGAGAGGAAACUAAAGAGCCUCCGGUGAAAGACAACUCCUCUAUUUUCGUGGUAGCUAGGAUUCUAGCCGAUUUCAACCAGCAAAACCCCACCAAUUUUGCCGACCAGGCAAAAAUAGAAGAGGAGAACAAACCGCCGACCCUUUCGAGAGAGGAUGGAAACUCUGCCACACCUACUACCGACAACGUCGACCCGGGUCCCAAACAAAGAGGCAAACGCGUGAGAGGUCGAAUUGAACACGAAUCUCCUCAGAAAAAGCACAAAUGCCACUAUUCAGGUUGUGAAAAAGUUUAUGGCAAAUCGUCCCACCUCAAAGCCCAUCUAAGGACACACACAGGAGAGCGUCCUUUCCCCUGCACCUGGCCCGACUGCAACAAGAAGUUUGCCCGCUCGGACGAGCUGGCCCGCCACUACCGCACCCACACCGGGGAGAAGAAGUUCGGCUGCCCGCUGUGCGACAAGCGCUUCAUGCGCAGCGACCACCUGACCAAGCACGCCCGCCGCCACUCCGACUUCCAGCCCGGCAUGCUGAAGAGGCCCCACGGCGCCGGUGCCCGCACCGGCUCGCUCAGCGACUACAGCCGUUCCGACGCCUCCAGCCCCACCCUCAGCCCUGCCAGCUCGCCUUAAACUCCCCCCCCCCCACUCCGCACUUUCCUCCAAAAGCCAGAAGACGCACCGCUGUCUCGUGGAGCUCCAGUCUUUUUCUCUCAAACACUUGUGUUGCACAGUUGUUAGCCCCCAGUUUAGCUAUUUUUCCCGCUUGCUAUACUGUACUGAACUGUACAUAACUGCCUAAUGUAGUGCAAUCUGUUGUGCAACUGAGAAUAUAAAAAAGCCUUUUCCAGAUGGCAAUAUUUGCAUAGUAUACAAUAUGUCUGUAUUUUUUUAUAGCUUUUGGCAGACUGCCAGGUUAUCCAUAGUGUUUGUAUUUCUUUUUUUUCUGUCAUUGUUAACAACCCAGUUCAGAAAAAAACCUAAUUGGCAGGUAUAUGAAUUUUUCUUCACCUUUAUUUAAAAUGGGGGAUGGGGGGGGGGGGGUCACAACUACACCUCAGGUCUCAAUACAGUUGUUUUCUUAACUACUUAACUUGACUGCACAAUACAAACUUCACUUUACUAGAAAAUUCAACAAGGUUGAAUUUUACACCCUGCUCAGGGAUGGCCUCCUUAGCUUGAAAGAAUGAAUGCGAUGAAGACAAACUCACAGAAAACAGCCUUACACUCAAAACAAGAUUUGCACUCUCUACAUUGAUUUUGUUAGUUUUCACAGUUUGGGGAAAACUAGCACUGGAUUGACAUUAAUACCCAUGGUUUUAUUUUUUCUUUGCUAUGUACCAAGAUGGAUCUCAGACUCCAAUGAAAGACCACUUUGUUGCAUUUUUUGAGACUGGAAAUGACAUGCAGAAACUUUUCAGAAAGUUUUUUUUUUUCUCCUCGCUUUCAUUUGAACAAAACCACAUCUCUGACCUGCGUCAUGCCAGGUCUGUUUCGGUGACCGCAGCCAGAGUCUCCAAACAGAUCUGUUUUUGUAUGUCUACAGAAAUCAUACAGGUGCUGGACAAAGUGUAGGUGUGUCACACAGAAAACCCGGGUCUGUCACAUCCCAAACCUUCAACCUACGUAGCGAGG